AUGCCGUCAACGAAAAGACCAAUCCGUAUCAGUGGUGCCUCCGGAGGCUUCACGGAUCGUACUAGAGCAAUCCUGUCUCUGGCCCACUGCGACGUUGAUGUUAUCGUCGGAGAUUGGAUGUCGGAAUGCACCAUGAGCUGGCAUGGCGCCGCAAAGGCUGAUCUUGCUGCCAAAGGCGUCAGUGAUGCUGAUCGACCGGGACUGUAUGACCCAAGUUUCAUGGCAAAUCUGACUCCUGCGCUGCCCGUGUUGCAGGAGAAGGGGAUUAAGUUGGCUGUCAAUGCUGGGGCUAGUGAUACUGAGAAGCUAGCCAAGGUCAUUGUGGAGGUUGUGAAGGAGAAAGGCAUGGAUCUGAAGGUUGCGUGGAUUGAAGGCGAUGAGGUUAUGGAGGCCGUCAAUAAACUGCUGGCUAAGGGAGAGAAGUUUGAGAAUAUCUGCUUUGGAGGGGAGCUGAAGGACUGGGGCUUCGAGCCUCUGGCUGCACAAUGUUAUCUUGGCGGUGCCGGCAUCGCAGAAGCGUUUCGACAGGGCGCAGACAUUGUGGUUUGUGGGAGAGUAGCAGACGCUGCACCCACUAUUGGCGCAUGUAUGUGGUGGCAUGGUUGGAACAGGGAACGGGAUCUCGAUCAGAUUGCUGGAUCGCUGAUUGCCGGCCACUUGAUUGAGUGCUCAUCGUACGUCUGCGGUGGCUACUAUUCUGGCUUCAAGGACCUGUUCGACGGCUGUGAAAACAUCGGUUUCCCGAUCGCCGAGAUCAACCAAGACGGCUCGUUCUUGAUGGAGAAAGAACCAGAUACUGGUGGUGAGAUGAGCGUCGGAACCUGCGCAUCACAAUUGCUCUACGAGAUCCAAGGCCCGCAAUACUACGGCUCGGACGUCGUAGCGGUACUCGAAGGUAUCAAGAUGACUCAAGUCGAGAAGGACAAAGUUCUCGUCGAAGGCGUGAAAGGCGGGGCACCUCCGACAACGACUAAGGUCGGUAUUACGGCCAAGGGAGGAUGGCAAGCCGAGUUUCAUUAUAUGCUCGUUGGUCUCGACCUGGAAGCAAAGGCCGAGUGGACUGAGCGACAAGUACGAUAUUCGAUGGGCAAAAAUGCGGAGAAGUUCAACGUUCUGAAGUUCACACUCAACGGCUAUUGUCCCGAUGACCCACGGAACCAGGAUGUGGCGACCGCCGACUUCAGAGUCUUUGUGCAGACGAAGGACAGGUCGUUGAUCGUGCGAGAUAGCAUGGAAGUGCCUGGCUUCAAUCGUUGGUGUAUGGAGAAUUUCCUGCAAAGCUGUCCGUACGUAUAUCGUUCAAGGUAA